AUAAGUGAUUGUCGCUCUUAAGCAACGUAUGUAUGUACAUAAGUCUAUUGUCUACCGAAUUCCCAACAAAGUACACAAGGCCAGCGAUGUAGACAACAAAUAGAAGCCAAAGGAGACAGUGCUAAAAGUUGAUCUGAUUAAAUUCUCUGAUAUUCGUCUUCAAUUAAAAGCAGCAAAUUUAUAAAAACGGUUUUAAAUCGGAUAGUUAUAGAUUUAUAUAGAAAAUAAAAAACAGUGAUUAAUUUUAAAUUUAAAAAAAUUAUGGCGGAGCCACAGCGUAGAAAUGUCGGCGAUCAGUUUUUGCGAGCGCAAUUGGAAGUUGUAACCGCUCAAAAUGCACGUCUACAAGAGGAGAAUGAUUUACUUCGACAAAAGCUCUCACGUCUCAAUGGCGAUAGUCGCUCUGCAGCUGCCAUUAAUGUGGAGGCAAAAAUUGAAGCUUUACGGCUCGAAGAUGAACGUGAUCAAAUGUAUGAUAACUUGGAGAGAUUGAAAAGAAAAUACAACAAAUUGCAUACCGCGUAUUUGGAGAAGGUGCAGCGUUGCAAAGCAUUGGAGGAUACUUUCAAGCGGCAAAAGACGUUGUCCGGUUUAGUGAUGAAAUCGGCACUAAGUCAACGCGCUCAAGCGUUGGCUGACAAGACGCAAACGGAAAAUCUGGAAAAACAGGUGACCAAAUUGCAGACAGCGCUGGACGAAGCCCAUGACAUAAUUGAUGAACUUGAAUUUGAACUAGAAAGUAUCGACUAUAUGGAGCAGGAAAUGCAACAUAUGCGCAACGAGUUAUCUGCUUUAAAAGCUAAACAAAGACACACUACGAGUGCGACUGCAAGUUCAAUACCACCAACGGAUCUUGAGGAACCCUUACCGGCUUAUACGCAAGAUGUCGCAGAUGGUGUAAGUUCUCCAGCAAGGCCUAGAUCUCGCAAUGUACGUAGUAUGCUACUUCGACGUACCGCGUCCUCUUCUUCUAACGACUCUUUGCCUAAUGAUGACGGAGACAGCGAAACACUUGAACGAGCUGCCAUGACACAUGACUUGCUCGAGAAUGCGGCGGCAGAAAGUAAUCAAUUGCGACGAGAGCUCCUCAAAUCUCGUCUAAACAAUAGGUUUCGACCGCACUGAGACACAAUGCAUCCGAAUUUUCAUUACAUAAGUACUUGAUAAAUUGCAGGAAAAGAAUUACUAGUUUUCCGUAAUAAUAUUAUAUUUUAUUUAUCUACUUUUUAUCCACACCAUUAAGUAUUAAAUAAUAAUAGCUUUUGCCUGGCUAAAA